AUGUCGGGCAAUCUCAACGAUCACGACCCUAGCCGUCAGGGUGAUCCAAAUCGCCAGGAUCCUCGAGACCCAAGAGAUCCUAGAGACCCUAGAGACACUCAGUGGAACAAUCCGGGUGAUCAGGCUUCCUACCCAUAUCCGCCAACUUCCUACCCUCCGCCACCUGACCAGGACCGUGCCUAUCAAUAUCCCCCUCCCGCACAAUACGCGCCAGCGCAGUAUCCCCCUCCUCCGCAAUACGCCCCAUCGCAAUAUUCCCCGGCGCAGUAUCCGGAUCCAAGAUAUCCGCACCCACAAGCCAUGAAUGCUAUCCACGGAGCGCAAGAUCCCUACCGUCUCCCACCUCCGCCGGGUCCUUAUCGCGCCGAUGCAUAUGGACCGCAAGCAGGACAAGGGCCUUACCAAGCAGCAGCUCCGCGACAGCGAACGGCCAUUGCAUGCCGGUACUGUCGGCGCCGGAAGAUUCGUUGCUCGGGAUUCGAGACCUCCGCAGAUGGAAGGUGCAGCAACUGUGUUCGAUUCAACCAGGACUGCAUGUUCACUCCGGUCUCUUCGCAAACCCAAGCCUUUGUGCCUGCACACACCGCCUACCCUCAUCUACGACCUGGACAGAAUGGACCAGGACCAGGGGGUCGCGGUGCACCGCCUGUCCUGUACGGCGCCCACGGACAACCUCUGCCCCCUCAACAGCAGCCACAGGGUCCAGAGACCACCUUGCCGCCGCCCCAAGGGAUGUACUAUCAAAACGGACGACCUCCCAUGGAUGGUGCCCCGCUGCCCCUUGCGUCAACUAUGCCCGAUCCGAGACACCGUCGCGGCUCAAACUCGGGAUUUGAGUACCCCGAUCCGACCAAUCUGGCUCCCGUGACACCUGCUGGGUCUGCUCCGGGAUACCAGACCCACACUACGCCGAGCCCUUACGCAUAUCCCCCUCCGCCUGCCCACGAUCGACGCACCUCGCCGCCAUCGGCUUAUAAUUACGAUACGCGCCCCUCCUCCUCACCUCACGGCUCGCCCUUCCCACCUAUGCAGCCCCACCAGGCGCCUAUGACUCCACACCAGGGCAGCGUACCCCCCGCUCAACCGGGCAGCGCGCCAAUCAAGUCAAGUGGUACCCCUCAGCCAGGGGGUGUGACACCACCGCCAAGCUCUACUCCCGGUGGCUCCCAACGAGGUGGAUUGAACGUGCGCGAUAUGCUGAACCCCGGCGAUUCCCAAGGCCGCUCCAGCACCGAUAGUGACAUGCUCAACGCGCUGAAUCGCCGCGGCCCGCAAUAG